AUACUGUGCGUUCGGCAGAACUAACGUACGUGGAUGAACCCGUCAGGUUCAGGCGCAAAGUUCACCCGUGGUAAUAUAUCUGUAGUUUUCACUUAGUAAUGUUAAGACUGUUUAUCAACUUUGAUUGCAUAAUUGCUUUUACCGUGAAUCGAUGCUUAACUGCACACUGCUUUUGCCGACUAAAAUGUGCAUAAAGGCCAUCUGCAUAAUAGUCUACUACCUAGUCUACACUGAUAAAACUUACAAUUUGCAAUGGCUCACGGUGGCUAAGUAGAACUGUCGCUACGAAAAGAUGAACACAGCAUGUGCGUUGAUAUGCAUCGACGCGAUUGUGAUUGCUAGACCAAUUCUCGACAAUCGAGUCAAUGGGCUCAUACGGUAUGUGAAAAUCAUUAGCAAGAAGGCGAGAUCGUCUACUUUUCCAGUGUUACUCAUUUAUUAAAGUACUCAACCUGAUUCUCGUUAUAAUCGUUUAUAGAAACUACUGCAUAAGCUAAACAUCCUGCUAUAUAUGCUAGAUAUGGACUGUCAUCGGAAUACUAUCAAAGUAAGUGAGAAAAAGUACAGAACCGCCGGCCCUUGACUGUUAUUCUGAAUUUGUAGUAGUUCUAUUUGGUGAAGACUCUAACGAAAUGUAGGCUUCCGAUCCCCUAAAGAACAAUGCAACCAUGUUCGGGAUGCGAUUCUUUUCUUCCAAAUGCAGAACGUCACUUCAUGAUUAGCUUACAUCUACAUCUGAACUAGUGAUACAGAAUGAAGUAGUUGAGCGUGUUGGCAGCUUCACUUAUAUCGGGAGUCUCAUCGGUGCUCAUGGCAUGGUAUAUGACGCAGUCUCAGCACGGAUACAGAAGGCUCGAUUGUCUUUUGCCAACCUGCGUCGCUUAUGGCCUAGGAGAGAUAUCCGUUUGUUGACUAAGGGACAAGUGUACUGCGCAGCAGUUCGCUCCUUUCUGCUAAACGGAUGUAAAAGACUAUUAAAACUACAGAAUGUCGAACAUGAUACGGUAUGAGAUGUCUCUGAUCAUUAAAGCUCUUGAUACUCUUGGUAUAAAAGCUGCUUUGAAAAGGCAUCUCAAAGGUAUGCUCGAGAAUGGGGCUCAUUUAUUCAAUGUCGAGAAUCUUGGCAUGCGACGCCUUCCCAAUGUAUACCAUGUUCAAGGAGAAAGGCAAUACGAAGGGCACUAUUUUCUCAUUAAUUUCAAUGCACCGCCUGAUUCACUUAAUCAGAUGCGAAAAAUGGCGAAUAAAGACUCAGAUGUCAUCAAGUGUUUCGCUAGCCUUAAAGAUGAUGGUUGGGUCCCACCGUGUUCAUUGCCGAAUGCGCCCAUCUGUGAAUUCGGCGAAAUUAGGAAUCCGAAUUAUGAAAAAACUGCUAGACGACGAUACGGUUAUCGAAUGUAUUAAAAGGCAGUAACUAUUAUGUAUAUAAUAAGAAAAAGUUCGUAAUCCAAUACUUGUUUCCUUGUGGAUUAUCUGCUUUUGGGAUGUGUCCCAGAAAACAUUUUUUAACAACACUACACGGUGUAUAAUUCCAUUAUGCCAUACCAUUUAACAAGACCAACUUGUUUUCGAGGUUACUGUAUAUUUUGAUAAAAAUUACAUAUUGGCUAACAUGAAUAA